CGUGUUAAAAAAGUAUGAUUGUCACGUGCGAUUUGAAAUUCCCACUCUAAAACUUCCGCCAGUGGCGCCAAGCUAAAAGUGUAAAGUUACCAUUCAAACCAGUCGCUCUUUCUUUAUUUCCGUUGUGUAGUGGAACGAACAGCAGAAAAUGACUUGCAAAAGGCGUAAUGGGGGCCGUUCUAAGCACGGACGUGGUCAUGUGAAACCAGUCCGUUGCACCAAUUGUGCUAGAUGUGUGCCGAAAGACAAGGCUAUCAAAAAGUUUGUCAUCCGCAACAUUGUGGAAGCCGCCGCCGUACGGGACAUUACUGAAGCCGCCGUUUACGACCACUACGUUUUGCCCAAGUUGUAUGCAAAAUUGCAUUACUGCGUGUCUUGUGCUAUCCACAGCAAAGUUGUCCGCAACAGAAGCAAAAAGGAUAGGAGGAUCAGGACUCCACCACAGCGUAACUUCCCAGGUCGCGACAACAACAGGGCACAACAGGCCCAGAGAAAGUAAAUUGUUACUUUGUGUAAUCUUAAGUAAUAAACAACAUACUUUAUAAUAA